GAAGCUUCUUCAAGGUCAGAACCACACAAGAAGCCAUGCAUCAGAAUGGUAUUCCUCUCAAGCAAGUUUACUUGUGAUCCACCCCAGCUCCUCUACUGACCUUGCACCUGGGGCUUCUUUCCUUCCCUUCUUGUAUGUUCCUUGGCCACCAAAGCGCAUAUCAUCACUGUCCUUUCUCCUAUACUCUCUUCCGGUGCAGCCGAAAUCAUUCCUGCAUAAAGCACUGCAACUGCAGGCAGCAGCAGCUUUAUUCUUCACCGUUUCUUCUCCAAGCUUUUGCAUCCUUGCAGCUGCAGCCGCAGCCUUUGCAUCUCGGAUGUCGGAUCGAUUUGAACCCGUCCUUGUUCCUUAGCAUUGCGAGCUUUACAGCCUCAGCCCUCAGCAUUGUUGAUGUGUCUCAACUAAGCGAGCACAACCUCGCGCCGAUCAGAAACAAGAACUCUCGCCCAUCGUGAGGCCAUGGAGGUGCAGAGCGCCCCCGGCGCGGAAGACGGCGUGGACGAUGUCUUCUUCUGCGUGGCCGCGACAUCGAGGGGCAACAGGAGCAGCAUCUCCUACUUCCACACCAACGCGUCCGACGAGGACGCCCAGUCGGCCCUCGCGCUGGCCGCGGUCUGCCUCGACCACGCGCCGGAGCACCACCGGUGGCACCACCACACCGUCGCCGGGGCGAGGACGUUCGCGUUCCUCUCGGCCGGCGACGGCCGCACGUACUUCGCCGCCGCGGACCCGACGCCGGGCGCCGCCGAGGUGGUCCGGUUCCUGGAGCGCGUCCGCGACGCGUGCGACGCCGCGCCCAGGAAGCGUCGGCGCGACGAGGCCGUGGCCCACGUCGCGCGGCAGUUCGCGCAGCAGCUGCGGGCCGCGGCGGCGGGGGCGAGUUCCGGCGCGGGGGGCUCGGCGUCGCUUCCCGGAGCCUCGCCGUGGGAGCUGACGCUGCCCACGCCUAUGGCGCCGGCGUGCGCUGCGGACGCCGGCGGCGAGAAGGACGAGGAGCACCAGCGGGCCGGAGCGCAACGUCGCGCCGUGCAGCCGGGCCGGGAGAGCGCGCGGCCGGGGUGGCGUUCGUGGUGGCGCCACGCGGUGGUCGUGAUCGGCGUGGACGUGGUGGUGUGCCUGGUGCUGUUCGCCGUGUGGAUGGGGGUGUGCAAAGGUUUCAGGUGCCUUACGCGAUGAAUCGCUCAGACGCAGGGUCUGCGAUUGUAAUCCACACCCAUGCUGUGCAUUCUUUUAUGAUUGCUUAUCAGUUAUUACAUCGAGGAAUUUGUAAAAGAUCGGUUUAGAAACUAAGAUUGUAGCGUUCUUUAAGUCAAGCACGGGUUAGAAACUCAGUUCUUGCAAAAUGCAGGAAAUCUGAACGUUCAUGCAUGACAAGGAUCGUACGGUCUUUGAUCAAAAUCCAAAGAGAUGCUUUUACGCGUAAACUCCAGAAACAGAGAUGUGGUAAACACUACAUGGAAUCAGGCCUGUCUGGCUGUCUGCUACUCUGGUAAUACACUAAUACUUCUGGGCGUAAUUAUUUGUAUGAAUACAGUUUUCUUUUAUGACGAUUCUUAAAGUUUUUUGAAAGCCUGACUUCAUGCGC